GAUCCAGGCCCCAUCUCCGCCCCAUGCAACAGCCCGAUGAGGCCCCACCUCUCCCGCCGUGGCCACGCCCCAACCCGGAUUGACAUCCAGAGACCCGCCUCUCCCAUCGCGGCCCCGCCCCCGCUCGGAGUGACAGCCAGCGAGACCCGCCCCUCCCGCCGCGGCCCCGUCCAGCCGGAGCGGUAUACAGUCUAGGUGCGGGCCCGCGCAUCACACCAGGUGCCCGGCGACGCCCGCCCCGCAGGCCCGGUUCGCCCCGUCCCACCUCGCUCCACCCCGCUCCAGCGUCCGCUCGCCAGGCCUCCGGGGCUUGCGGGCUUACGGACCCGCCCCCGAGGACGUACAGCGCCGUGGCGCCGCAAGUUCAUCAAAGAUGAAAGUGACCUUAUCAGCUUUGGAUACUUCUGAGAGUUCUUUCACACCUUUGGUGGUCAUAGAACUUGCUCAGGAUGUCAAAGAAGAAACCAAAGAAUGGCUGAAAAACAGAAUUAUUGCUAAAAAGAAAGAUGGAGGUGCUCAGCUAUUGUUUAGACCACUGUUAAAUAAAUACGAGAAAGAGACACUAGAACAUCACAAUCUGUAUCUUGUUGGCGCCUCCCAGAUCCGACUGUUACUGGGGGCAGAAGCAGUGGGAUUGGUAAAAGAGUGCAAUGAUAACACCAUGAGAGCUUUCACAUACGGAACUCGACAGAACUUCAAAGGUUUUGAUGAUAACAAUGAUGAUUUCCUCACAAUGGCAGAGUGUCAAUUCAUCAUCAAACAUGAACUUGAAAAUCUUAGAGCUAGAGAUGAAAAAAUGAUCCCUGGUUACCCCCAGGCAAAGUUGUACCCAGGAAAAUCAUUAUUGAGAAGAUUGCUCACGUCUGGCAUCGUGAUUCAGGUGUUUCCGCUACAUGACCCUGAAGCCCUGAAGAAGCUUGAGGAUACCUGGUACACCCGGUUUACUCUGAAGUAUCAGCCCAUAGACAGUAUUCGUGGCUACUUCGGGGAAACGAUUGCUCUUUACUUUGGAUUUUUGGAGUAUUUCACUUUUGCCUUAAUCCCCAUGGCUGUCAUUGGGUUACCUUACUACCUGUUUGUGUGGGAAGACUACGACAAGUAUGUGAUCUUUGCCUCAUUCAACCUGAUCUGGUCCACAGUGAUCCUGGAGGUGUGGAAGCGUGGCUGUGCCAACAUGACCUAUCGGUGGGGGACACUGGUGAUGAAGAGACAGUUUGAGGAGCCCCGGCCAGGGUUUCAUGGGGUCUUGGGUAUCAAUUCUGUCACCGGCCGGGAGGAGCCUGUCUACUCCAGCUACAAGAGACAGUUGCGCAUUUACCUGGUCUCGCUGCCUUUUGUGUGCCUCUGUCUCUAUUUCUCUCUCUACGUCAUGAUGAUUUACUUCGACUUGGAGGUCUGGGCCAUGAGUCUACAUCAGGACAGUGGGUCUGAGUGGACAAGUGUCUUAUUGUAUGUGCCCAGCAUCAUCUAUGCCAUUGUAAUCGAGAUCAUGAACCGCCUCUAUCGAUACGCUGCGGAGUUCUUAACUUCAUGGGAGAAUCACAGAUUGGAAUCUGCAUACCAGAAUCAUCUAAUUCUAAAAGUUUUGGUGUUCAACUUUCUAAAUUGCUUCGCCUCACUGUUCUACAUUGCCUUUGUCCUGAAGGAUAUGAAGCUUUUGCGCCAGAGCUUGGCCACGCUUCUGAUUACUUCCCAGAUCCUUAACCAAAUAGUGGAAUCUCUUCUUCCUUAUUGGCUCCAAAGGAAGCAUGGUGUGCAGGUGAAGAGGAGGGUACAGGCUUUAAAGUCAGACAUUGAUGUUACAUUAUAUGAACAAGUCAUCCUGGAAAAGGAAAUGGGAACCUAUUUGGGUACCUUCGAUGAUUACCUGGAGUUAUUCCUGCAGUUUGGUUAUGUCAGCCUUUUCUCCUGUGUUUACCCAUUAGCAGCUGCCUUCGCUGUGCUAAAUAACUUCACUGAAGUCAAUUCAGAUGCCUUAAAAAUGUGCAGAGUCUUCAAACGUCCAUUCUCAGAACCUUCAGCCAAUAUUGGUGUGUGGCAGCUGGCUUUUGAAACAAUGAGUGUCAUAUCUGUGGUCACUAAUUGUGCUCUGAUUGGAAUGUCACCCCAAGUGAAUGCAGUCUUUCCAGAGUCAAAAACGGACCUCAUUUUGAUUGUAGUAGCAGUGGAACAUGCACUCCUGGCUUUAAAGUUUAUACUUGCAUUUGCCAUACCUGAUAAACCACGACAUAUCCAAAUGAAACUGGCCAGAUUGGAAUUUGAGUCCUUGGAGGCACUCAAGCAGCAGCAAAUGAAGCUCGUGGCUGAGAACCUGAAGGAGGAGCCGAGGGAAGAUGGGAAAGAGAAGGCAGCCUGAGCUCCCCUCACGCCCAGCUGCCCCGUCCACCGAGGCCUGUGUGGGGGGACACCUGCCCGAGGGCACCCGAGCAGCAUCACGCACCUGAACCCAGACCCACCGCUUGGCCAUGUGAAGUGGCUCCCGCAGGGCAGGCCCUUGCUGCAGUGCCCUGGCUCAGUGGGCAGAAGAGCCAGGACCCUUGGCCCUGCCCACCCUGCCCCUUCCUUGGCCUCACAUGCCCCUCCAACUGCCUCACUUUGCUCCAGAGCCACUGCUGCCCUUGAGCCUCACCACAACUGAGUUACCAGCCCUCCAAGUGACCCUCAGAGUGAGUGCCAGUCACUCCUGACCCCACCAGGACCCAGGGGCCUGUGGCAGGGUGCUGGGUUGAGAAGUGUGCCCACUGAACUGAUCCUGCCGAGCCUCAGCUGAGAGAGGGGCAUGUUUCCUACGCCCGGACCUCCUUCCUGGUUCUGUUUUGCAAUAUGUUAACGGACCCUUUGUCAACAAAACCCACAGUAACCGAGCUAUUAAAGGCAGCCUGCCCUUCUCUGACUCCGACUUCCCUUCCCCAACAGGGACAGAAAUGACCUGACCUGCUCUAUCCUGAAACUAGACCUGGGCCAGGUCGUUAAAGGUGGAGUGGUGAGACAGGGAGCCAAAGGUGGGCACAGCUGGGGGCCAGGCCUGAGCUGGCAGCCAGGGGCUGGCCGGGGGAGCUGCUGCCCUCAGGGAGCCAACCGAGGCCCUGGGCAGCUUUUGUGUGUAGAAUAUGCACACAGUGCCGGGCCAGGGACCAGCUGCCACUCCUGGGCCUCCCCCUUCCCUGGCGUGGGCCUUGAACCUACAGCAGAAGGAGCAUCUUUGUCCAGUGGUGCCGUCCAUCUCCCUGGCUGUGCGCACAGGGCUGCCCAUUAUUCACAGGCACAAGAGCCCCAUGUGGGCCAGCAAAGCCCCCAGGAGUGUGGCCCUCCAGACACAGGUCAUGCCUCCAGUGCCUAUUGUCCUACUGAGGACACCCCGUGAGGGCAGGGCCUGGCGUCCACCAUCCUGCCUCACGAAGCAGGCGACUCAAGCAGCCCCUCCCACCACACCUGCUGCCCUCAGUCAAGACACUGCGGACCCUUGGCAUUUGGAAGCAGGAAGCAACAGAUCCCCAACCUACCUGAAGAAGGGGAGAACAGGGAGGGGCUGACAUGCUUCCUGGGUAGCAGAGUCCAGCUCCCUCUGCCCUGGGCUGGCACCUCGACUUCCUCCUCACCUGUUCUGGAAGCCCCAGCUCUGGCCCUGCGGGCUGCCUGCUUCUGUUGGUCCUUGCAGGUUGAUACAUGUGCCAGCAGGGACGCUUAAGUCCUCUCUGCCCGUCGCUUGCCGGGAUGAGCUCUUCAGGGCAUGGACUUUGCAGUUCUGGUUCAGUGUUUGAUGGGACUCUCUAGAUCAGGCUUAGGUUUUAAGAAGCCAGUGAAUGGCGGUCACCAAUGUAGGUCUGAGCCCUCUGACCCCAAGAUCCUCCUGUCCCAGCCUGGGCAUCUGUAACCAUGGGGAAAGGAGAGAGUGCUCCUGGUCUCCCCAGGGCCCAGCUUUGAUACCAGUUCCGUGAUGCAGUUGGUUGUAAAGUGGUGGCUCCUGAGUGCCCAGGUAUGAACCCGACAGCUAGCUGGCAUCUGCGGUCACAACUGCAGCCUCCACUGAAGCUGGGCCUCCUGGUGCCCUCAGUCACAGCCGUUGAUCCCAGGAGCCUCCCUCCUGCCCCGCAGCACCUCAGGGGCACCACUUACCUAAGCAUGAAACAGGACCCUGCCAGCCCUGGGCACAAGGCCACAGGAGAUGGUGGACAUGGGAUCCAGGCUGUGGGAGGGAAGCUGGUGGGAAGGACAGUCUGCAUUGGUCUCCUAGGCUUCUAGAGGGCCAGAGCUGGGGCCAGUUCCUCCUUGUGUCACCUGCAGUCAGAGCAGAUGGCAUCUGGCACAUGGCAGGUGCUCAGGAGUUCUGUGGCACAGUUGAAGAGUCGGGAUGGGGCAACAUCACUGCUCCAUACGCUGCAGUCCCCAACUGGAUUGAGGAAGACGUGCAGGUCGGUGCUGGCCCACCCUCCUGGGCCCUGUGCUCAGCGUCCACCCGGAACCCCUCGCCUCACCUGCCUCCUGGGCCUCACUUCAUCCUGCCUCAACAUGGCCCUCCAACCCAAGCCACACCGCUGCCCUGUGAGGUGCCCCCAGCCCACCCCACCCCAGCUGUGCUGCCUUAGGCCCCUGCAGUGACCCAACCCUCUGCUGGUGCAGUUCUCCCUGAGCCCCGAGGACUCCACCACCGAUUGUUUAUAGUCUACCUUCCUCCACGGAGUAACCAAGAGCCGAGAGACGCUUGUUCCCCAUCUACAGACAACAACCCGGAACCCGAGAUGCCCGUCCCCGGCUGGUUAGGAAAAGGCGCAGGAAGACAGCGGCAGCCCCAUAGAUCAGGCAGGCACAGGACUGCGGAAGGCUGGGAGCCCAAGUCCAAACCCCGCAUUUCUCAGAUGAGGGUCCUGAGGCCCAGAGUGGGAGGACUUGCCCUCACUGUGAGGAGAGGGACCCCAGCCUCGUGCUUCCCCAGCAGCCUCUGCGGAGGACAGUGGGAGGGACGCCGUGUGGUGCAGGUCAUGGGAAAAGAGCCGCCCAGGGAGAGCCCAGUCCACUCCAUGGGAGGCAUGCUGGUUUGAUGCUCAUGCACAAGCCCAUCCUGCUCUCCCUGCUUGGAGCGCUUCCCACCAGGCCCAGAGGCAGCCCUCGCUACCCCUCCGGGACCCACUGCUGCCCAACCACUGGCUUUGCACAGCUAGGGCUCCUGAGGGCCCACCCAGCCCUCUGCCCAGCACCACCCACCACCGCACAGCAGCGCUGCCGGAGCUCCUUUUCCUCACAGGGAAAGCAGCCAAGUGUCCUCCCCUGUCACCCGCACCCUGCAAACACCUCCCCGAGACAGGAGACACAGACUUGCCAAGUCUCACGGGUCUUGGUGAAACCUGACCCUGGCAGGGUUGGCCUCAGGCCCAGAUCAGUCCACAGCUCAACUUUUUUCACACAGACAUUCACCUGUGCCACCAGCACACUGAGCACCUCCGGGGGGGCUGCUCACUCCACAGAGGAGGGCUUUCUUUCUCUCCAGGGCACUAAAGAACCAUGCCAGAGGACAGCAGGUUCCCCCGGGCCAGGCCUGGGCUUCUGCUGGCAGCCUCAGGUUUGUUGGAGGGCUCUGGUGGUGUCCCCUCUCCCUCCCUGUGGCCAUACUGCCACCCCACCCCCAGGGGUGCCAGGGGGAAACAAGGGGCGAGUGUCCAGGGAACCCCAACCCUGUGGCCAGGGGCUCACAGCACUCAUUGCUCCCUCGCCCUGUCCUUGUUUUAGGAAAUGGAGGCAUGUAGGCUCAAGUGACCCACAGUUAUGGCAGCAUGGCCCCUUCGCCACAACCCCGUCCACCCACCUGUCCUUUGCCACCUGUCAGGAUGACACUCGCUGCCCACAAUGGCCUCUCUGCAGCCUCCCUUCCCCAGCCCCUGAGCCCUCAGCCUGAAGCCCCUGCCUUUUCCCAGCAGGAAGCUGACAGCCAGGAGAAAGGCCAGAGGCCACAAGAUGAGAGUCAUGGGGUCCCUGCUGGUCCCCACUUUUUAAGAACCCCAGGG